AGAACCCUGAAGUUUUUACUUUCUCCCACUUAUGGUGUGUGGAGCAGUUAGUAGUGUUAAACCCAAGAAAGUGAAACUACAAACAGCUUUUGAACAUUAACUAAAACCAUUCUGUGAAUUAAAUUUGAAGAAGAAGAGGAAGAGUGAGUAAUUAGCAGAUAAGUAAACUGAUAAUGCUGAUUUUAAGAGAUGUAUGAAUUUAUGUCUUGAAGAUGAUUGAAUGAGAAAAUGACAAUGUUGAUUUUAAGAUUAAAAACAUGGUGGUGGUGGGCCACUAAAAUCCUCUUUGGAAAGUCCAUAGCCAAAAAAAAAAAAAAAAGAGAAGAAAAUUGCAGGGAGCUUUGAGCUUUGCAAAAAUCUCCCUCCCUUUUUCAUUGUUCUUCAUCAAAUUCCCCAUUAUCCCUUUCUUACUUUCUUCUUCUUCAACCCUUUUAUCUUUUCAAUUCCUUUUUUUCAGUUUUCUUUUUACUCGAAUGUUACCUCCAAACCCUAGCCUUUUCCACGCCAAGCCAUCUCCGCUCCUCCCUCUCCUUUCCCGGACCUCAUUCCGCUGUUUCGCCGCCACCGGAGACGCCCCUGCCGGCCCAACAUUCCGUAAGUGGUUCCAAUUCCCAAACACGACAACAACUUCCGACAACGUUUACGGAGGUGGUGCGCGAAUCGGGCAAGAAAUCAGCUACGAAGCUCCGGCUGGGAGUAGCAUCAAGGUCAAGAAAUGGUCAAGGGACACAGAGAGUUAUUUGACUAACGACGAUGAACCUCUUCCCCUUCCCAUGACUUACCCUGAUACUUCCCCUGUUGGACCUGAAGAAAUCGAUAAGCGACUACAAUGUGACCCUGAAAUCCAGGAUUGUAAGGAAGUGGUUUAUGAAUGGACUGGGAAGUGCAGGAGUUGUCAAGGGACUGGACUUCAAAGCUACUAUAAUAAAAGAGGGAAAGAGAUUAUUUGCAAAUGCAUACCUUGCCUUGGAAUUGGUUACGUGCAAAAGAUAACAGCUCGGAAGGAUAUUGAAGUGAUGGAGGAUUUGGAUAAUGGAAAGCCACCUUGAACAUGAAGAAGGCUUCUUUUUCUUCUUUUAUUUUUUUGGAAUAUUUUGUUAACAACUUCCCUGAGUUGUAUUUUUCUAAUACCUUUUUUCAACAUGUCAUGCAAAAUAUAUUCUUUUACAUGGAUAGAGGGUGAAAGAGAGCCUCCUUGAGAGGGAAAAAAAGGGUUUAGGGAUUGGUCUUGUUGAGACUUAAAGAGGGAAAAAGGAAUUGCUUGGAACUUUAUUAAAGAAUCUAAUCCUAUGGCUCAUUAAAGCAUGAAA